AUGGCGGCGGCGAGAUCCCGGCCUGCUGCGCUUCAAGUGAUGGCCGGUGUAUCUCCGGUCCACCCUUCGGCGUCGUCGCCAUCGCCGCCAUCCCAGCUGCUGGCACUGCUACUGGCACUGCUGCUUGCCGCCGCCGCCGCGGAGCAGCAGGUGCCGCUGGUGCUCUGGUCGAGCUCUCGGGACUUGUGGGUUCCGCUGGAGAAUGGCCACGAAGGGCACAUCACCACGGAUGGCCAGCUGGCCGCCUACCUGGACCCCGCCCUGGAGAAGGGCCCCCGAAACGUGCUGCUCUUCCUGCAGGAAGAGCUAAGCGUGGAAGACUUCACUGCCUAUGGCGGUGUGUUUGGCAACAAGCAAGACAGUGCGUUCUCUCAUCUGGAGAGUGCCCUGGAGUUGGCUCCCUCUUCCUUGGUCCUGCCUUCGGUGCGCUGGGACGCAGCCGGCCCCCUGACCUCUUACCUGAGGCAGAAGCUAAGGGCCAGCCCCCUCCGCGUAGCCCCGGCCGCCCUGCGCGAGCUGAAGCUCAGGGACCCCCUUCCUGCUCUGCUGCUCUUGAGGCUGCCCUACACCACCACUUCCGGCUCGAUGGCCCCGAAAGAAGCGCUCAUCGGCAACGACGAGAUUAUUGGGCAGGUGAUGAGCACGCUUCGGGCAGAAGGCGUGCCCUAUACCGCCAUACUGACUGCUGAGAGGCCUUCCCGGCUGGGCUCUGGGGGUCUGCGGCGGCACCUCCUAGGAGAGGAGGAGGAUUCGAAGGCUGGGCCCCUUCCCCCGGUGAGCUACAGUGACCCGGAGCCGCGAAUCCUCUUUUGGGCCCGGAGUUUCACGGUGACCUAUCACCAUAAGCGGAGGGACCUGACCGCCCUCACCUUUGGAAACCCGGCCCUCAACCUGAGCGGCUCCAGCUGGAACAGCUCCUCGGCCCGCCUCGCCAUGACCUACGAAAACGUCUUUGGCCCCUUCCUGACCAUCAAGCUUAUCCUGAACAACCGCUUGUACCCCGUUUCAGGCCGGAGUUGGUUCACCCUGGACAGACUCGAAAUCCACGUCAACCACUCCGCGGUUGUCUUCAAUUCAUCGCACAUCGCGGCGCCCAGCAUCUAUUCCUUCCACUGCGAGUAUGUCAGCAGCGAACGGUCCAAGCACAGCCUCCUGGUGUCUUCGCUCGGCUCCUCGGCCUGGCACGUGACUUUCCAGGAUUUCCAGGUCCAGGCCUUCAACUUGUCCGGGGGAAACUUCUCGUACGCCAGUGACUGCGCCAGCUUCUUCUCCCCUGGCAUCUGGAUGGGGCUCGUCUCCUCCCUCAUCCUGCUCUUCGUCCUCACCUACGGGCUGCACAUGAUCCUCCACCUCCAGACCAUGGACCGCUUCGAUGACCACAAGGGGAGCGCGCUCUCCGCGCCCCUGACCCAGUGA